AUUCAGCGUUCGCAUUUUGUGUUCGCAUUCACACACCAAUCAAUUUUUGUGUCUGUUAUUGUUGUUUAUUACAUUAUUGGUUCUGGUAACAUUAUAAUUUCUGUAAGAUUUUGUACGAACAGAGUCGAAAUUGAUCGCGACAUACUCAAACAAGUAGUUUAUUUACGCGAUCGUGAAUACAUCGGUGAAACAAAGAGACCAAACCGAACACUUUCACCAAUUUGUUAUUUAAUCAACAUAAAAAAGAGUCAAUUCAGAUCUUCUUUUUUUAAAUAAAUUGUAAACAUCUACAAUUGUUUCUAUGGUGUUUUGACCUACGCUACACGAAAAUGGACGAUUCGCUGCAAAAUCUUACAGAAUGGAUGACACUACUGCCAGAACCAAUAAAACAAGUUCCAAUCAUUAACUUAGCCAUUCCAGGAAGUCAUGACUCAAUGUCGUAUGGUAUUAGCCGUUUGGCCAAAGUCGCACCCGAUGCUGAACCAGUCGUUAGUCAUCUGUACAAAGUCCUGCCAUGUGUUGUUCGUCGUUGGGCGAUUACACAAAAAUUGAAUGCAUUGGAGCAGCUUAACCAUGGUAUACGUUAUUUAGAUCUGCGCAUUUGUAUGCAACCAAAAAGUUUCAAUUUCUACUUUGUGCAUGGAUUGUAUUGUGAAGAAAUCACCGAGCCACUGCGAGAGAUACGAAAGUUUUUGGACGAGCAUCCCACGGAGUUUGUCAUCUUCGAUUGUCAACAUUUUUACAAUUUUUCGAACGGAGAUUAUGAUCGUCUCAACAAGAUUUUCUUCAAAAUGUUCCAAGAUAAAUUCUUCACCCCAUCAUUCGGUCCACUCACCAAGUUAACACUAGACUCGGCCAAUUCAUUGAAAAAACAAAUAUUGGUUGUGUAUCGAUAUUCGCACGUACCGCCGGAAUUUUGGGCUGGUGGCUGUUAUCCCACUCCGUGGCCAAAUCAAAUUAAUGUUAAGAAGCUGGAAGAAAGUUUAGAUGCACGUAUUAAAUAUCGAUCUCCCAAUACUGGAUAUGUCACACAAUGUGUGCUUACGCCACCUGUUAAAUACAUCGUACCAAGAUUUUACUCGUCGUUGAAGAAAAAAUGUGCGGCUAGAGUAAGCAAAAAGAUGACCGAUUGGAUAAAAUUACAAAGGCCAGGGCCAUUUUCGUUAAACAACAACCAACCGACAUCAAAUGUGUUCAUUGCGGAUUUUAUAGAAUUGAAUAAUUUUGAAUUUUGUCGCACCGUCAUCGCACUCAAUGAAAAAAUAUUCAACGGUGCGAUGACCUGCGAAUGCAACGAAAAUGAUAAAAUUAACGAUGCUGAAGAUGCGAAUGAAAUAGACGCAGAUAAAAAUGACACCGAAGGCACAAAUAUUGAAUCGUGAUUUUUUAAUUUAUUUUUAAGGACAUUUUUUUUAUUUUGAUCAAUUUUGUUCUCUAAUUUGUAGUAAUUUGUACAAAAAAACAUCGAAUCGUCAAUCUCUUUUGUAAAAGAUAUGUAUCUGGUAUUAAUGAGACCAAUUUUUGUUGGCAUUAAAUUUUAAAAAUUCCGUGAGCAAUAAAAACA